AUUUGCUAGUGCUAACCAAAGCCAGUGCUAGGUCUCCCACGAGGGACGAAGCGGAGGGGAAACUUAUAGUGGUGCGCCGCCCCCAUGGCCGGAAGCCGUCGCCGCCGCCGCGCUAGAGAGCUGCUGCCGCAGCAGGGCACCGAACCCUCGCCGCCGGAAGACGCCGCUCUGAGCUCGAGAGAAGUUACCACUGUGGAGAGUCCCUGCCCUGCCUCAGCCUCUACCUCUUCGCCUUUGUCUGGACCUCAUGUUUGUGCAGAUCUCCUGGACAGCCUGCUUCACGAAAUAAUUGCUCUCUUUAACUCAUUCCAAGACUUCCUUGCUUUCAUUGGCACCUGCCACUCAUGGCGCACUGCAGUCUCUACCUUUCCCUUUGUGUAUACAUUCAGCUUCCCGCCACUCCAUUUCAAACCAGAUGGUCCAUAUGUUCAUCCACAUAGUGGCGAUAUCAAGCCCAUCCUUUUAUCUAAUUGCAGAUGGCAGCUCAGUGAUCCUACCAAGAAAAACUUAUCCCUUGUGUGCUCAGUGCCUGAAAAUAGUCCAAAUGCAAUGCACUAUUUGGGCUGCUCAUAUGGGUAUCUUAUCUUCUCCUACGAGGAGCACUGCCUCCUUGUGGAUGUGUACACUGGUAGCAAGGUGAAGCCCCCCAAACUCCCACCCAACAACAAUCUUGGGUACUUUUGUGGCAUAGGCAUCCUUACGGCUCCAUUAAUUUCAGCCAACUCUCGCCUCCUCCUUUUCUCGAGGGCUUCCAUGUUUGAGUGGCAGGUUGGAACAAACUCCUGGUCAGAGCACCCUCUUGAUCUUGGCCGCGAACGCAUCUAUCAGAUUGUGUUCUUCAAAGGUGAUAUCUUUGCCAUAGAUGCUCUUAUGAGGCUCCACACUAUACACUUGACACCUCGGUUCAGCAUGCGAGAAGUACCAAUUCAAUGGGAAUUCCUGUCUAUUAACUUAUGGUUGGUGGUCUGUGGUGACAUGCUCCUCAUGAUUGCCCAGAGGUUAAACUCUGGCGGAUUGGAUGGCUCAUCCUUUAAGGUCUUUCGACUCGACUUCACUGUUGAACCAGCUAAGUGGGUGAAGGUGGAGAAGUUGGAAAAUAUUGCCCUGUUUGUUAGCCUUGAUAGGAAAGAUCCUACAUUUUAUUGCAUGAGCCCAGAAAGAUGGGGAGGAAAGAGUAACUGCAUUUAUUUUGCAAGGCUAUCUGAAGAUCCUGAGGAAACUUGGUCUGCCGCUGAGCUUGGUCAGCUAGUGCCAAAAAACGCAGUUCACCCCAUGUUCUAUGCCAUGAUGGUUUCUGACUUUGGGAGCAACGUUUUGUGUUCAAGUACAAUUGAUCUCUAUUGGCAUGCUGCUCUUACGCCUGGGUGUAUUGUGCAUUUGUCAUGUGCUUGCACCGGGUUUCAUCCACGUGCUGAUAAAUGAGACAUAUUGUCAAGUAUAACUUGGGUACUAUUCUGGGCAAACUCAUCGUGUAUUCAACUUCACUUUACCUACCUUAUUAUGUGUACAUGCUGGGGUGCUCUAAACCACCACCUUGGAUAAUUUUUCUUUUUGCUGGAUUGGAUUGAAUCGUUCAUUGUUGAACUGGAUGUAAUGUACCGGAUGGUGGUUUUCUUCCCCUUUUUAGUUGGUAAUUUGUUGAUGGAGCAGGAGAAAGCUUGCAUGUUUACUCGGGAACCACUCUGCAAAUC